AUGUCACUGUCGAGGUGCGUCACCGACCCGCGGCACCGCGCGGUGCUCACCGCGGUGCAGGAACUGACGGCGCAGCUGGAGAACCGCGUCCGCAUGGUGACGUGCGACUGGCAGGCGCUGUUGGAUCAGAACAGCCGCCUCAUCCAGGAGCGCCGCCUCACGGAGGAGGAGCAGGGGAAGGUGCAGGAGCACGUACACGAGCUGCGCCGCGUGGUGCAGCGCAAGAUUGAAGAGGAUAAGCGAGUUGAGCAGAGCCUGCAGGAGUUGGACAGGCACCUCGACAUGCAGGCGCGGGAGCUGGCCAUGAAGUAUCGCUCCGAUCACGACGUGAUUGUGCGGCAGUUCACGGAGCUGCGUGGUACAAUUCGUCGCACGCUGAAGCCGUCGCGAUCGCAGUCGACGGCGUCAACGGCGUAUCGCGUCGCGUAA